GGGGUUCCGAGCUGCUUGGCCGCCGUCCGGCGUGGGGUUUGCCGCCGCCUUUGCAAAUGGAAGCGUUUGUGCACUUCACCAACCAGACCCAGGGUCGAGAUCGGCUCUUUCGGUGAGGGGGGAAGGAAAGAGGCGAGUGGGUGGGCGGGCUGAAUGGCAGGUGUCCUCCAAAAGUUUUGUUUUUGUUUUAGCUUUAUUUUGCAUUUAUUGCUAAAGGCACUUUUAAGGCGGUGUUCAGAUAGAGUUGUCGAUUUCGCAAGCCUUUCCCACCACACCAAAAACAGAGAGAGAGAGAGAAGCAAUUGUGCAAUCCUAUAUACUCGCCGUGCUUUUUUUCUAAAAGUUUAGGGGUACUCAUUUGGACUCAAGAAAAUCACCAUUUUAGAGUUCAAAUCGGGGGAAAAUAAAUACAGUAAAUGGACAAAAGUACAAAAAUUCACAAAAUGUUUGGGGGUAUGUGUACCCCCAGGAAAAAAGCACUGUAUGCUUGGUAGUAAAAGGUAAAGGUAAAGGUACCCCUGCCCGUACAGGCCAGUCUUGCCAGACUCUAGGGUUGUGCGCUCAUCUCACUCUAGAGGCCGGGAGCCAGCGCUGUCCGCAGACACUUCCGGGUCACGUGGCCAGCGUGACAAGCUGCAUCUGGCGAGCCAGCGCAGCACACGGAACGCCGUUUACCUUCCCGCUGGUAAGCGGUCCCUAUUUAUCUACUAGCACCCGGAGGUGCUUUUGAACUGCUAGGUUGGCAGGCGCUGGGACCGAACGACGGGAGCGCACCCCGCCGCGGGGAUUCGAACCGCCGACCAUGCAAUCAGCAAGUCCUAGGCGCUGAGGUUUUACCCACAGCGCCACCCGCGUCCCUAUGCUCGGUAGUAGCUCCCGUUAAACUCAGAAGGACUUACUCCCUGGUAAAUUAGGUUGUAGGAUCUCUGCCUUAAGUAUUGCAUACAACUUCACAGAAAUGAAAUGCAACCCAGGAACACCCCUCUGAACCAGGCAUAGGCAAACUCGACCCUCCAGAUGUUUGGGGACUACAACUCCCAUGAUCUGACCAGUGGUCAGGGAUGAUGGGCGUUGUAGUCCCAAAACAUCUGGAGGGUCGAGUUUGCCUAUGCCUGCUCUAAACCAUAAGGGGUGUCCCCUGCCUGAAACCCUGGAGAGGCUGCUACCAGUCCGAGUAGGCAGUAGAUUAUUAUAGAAUCAUAGAGUUGGAAGGGAACCCGAGGGUCAUCUAGCCGAACCCCCUACAAUGCAUGGUGCCUUCAUUCCAUAUCUUUAGGUGCCAGCCAAAAACAUUCCUCUUUUCCUAGCCUUUGGCAAAUUUAACAAUCUGUGGUCCACAGCUGUCCCUGGGUAGGUUCAAACUGCCAGCCUUCUGGUUAACAGCCAGACCCAUUGUGCCAACAUACUGAGCUCGAUGGGUCAGUGGUCUGACUCAUAGAACAAACAUAAAAUACUGCCUUCUACUGAGUGUAACACUGGAGCUAGAAAAACUGAUUUGGCAGACUUGUUGCCCUGUGUGGUGGAUGACCCUUGCUCCGAAAAGCGUGGUCAAAAUUAAAGGGUUCGGGAACUCAGACCAGACCGAAUUUCAUCAAAUCAUGCACAGACUUUACUAAAACAAAACUCUACAAGAGAGGGUGGGGAACCAAAUCUGUUAUGAUUGCAUUUUUAUGAGAAGCUUUUUGAACCAACAUGGAAACCAUUACCAACUAUUCUUCAAAAUUCACACUCCUUUGAUUUUUGCGAGGCUGGUCUCCCAACAGAAAAUGUACACAUCAAUGCAUAUAUCGGGGGAAAGUGUGCAUGAAAAUACAUUUAUUGGUGAAAGUAACACAUAAGCAUGCAAUACAGUGGUACCUCAGGUUAAGUACUUAGUUCGUUCCUGAGGUCCGUUCUUAACCUGAAACUGUUCUUAACCUGAAGCACCACUUUAGCUAAGGGGGCCUCCUGCUGCUGCUGCGCCACCGGAGCACGAUUUCUGUUCUCAUCCUGAAGCAAAGUUCUUAACCCGAGGUACUAUUUCUGGAUUAGCGGAGUCUGUAACCUGAAGCGUAUAUAACCCGAGGUACCGCUGUAUAUUGGAGGGGGAGGGAACCACUUGCAAAGAUGUGUGUCUUGGUUGGAACAGCAUACAAAAACAGGUAAAAUUCAUGUGGAAAAAUACUGGUGGAUUUUUAUGAGGAUUAAAAAACAAAAAACAAAAUAACAGCCACAAAUUUCCGGAGAAAUGUGGAGGACUCAACCUAAGGCUGGAAAAAAUGAGAAAGUUAAUAGAAGUCAAAAAGGUUCAUCCAUCCCUGGUAGUGCUAGAAAAACAGGAAUGCAGCUGAUGUGCGAAGCAGCCGAAGGGAGAAUGCUGCCUCACUUAGUCAUAACUCAGUAAUAGGGCAAAUUCUUUGCACACAGAAGGUGCCAGAUUCAGUCCUUGGUAUCUUUGGGAGGUGCUGUAAGAUGCUCCUGUCUGAAAUUCUGUAGAACUGGUGCCAGGCAGCCUUUGCCAACCUGACGCCCUCCAGAUAUUUGGGAGGAAACAAAGCACAGUCCCUGGCUUAGAGUCGCACCUCAAUCAGGGGGUCAUGGUUUGUUUUCUAAACAGUCCAGGAAGGCACAUCAUUAACCUUGGUUUAGCACAAUGUGUGAACUGGGCCAGACUUUAGGAAAGAAAUGGGAGUCAGGGAGAUGCUUGCAUGCUCCAAGCCAACACAUUUCAAGAAUACCUGCUCUUACUCUUGGGUGUUUGCUAAUAAUAUAUAUUUUUAAUUUAUAUAUUUUGAUUCAUUUACAUACCACUUAAUCAUUUCUAGGUGCUGGACAUAAAAAAAAAAAAAACAACCCACAGAAAAUGGGUCAGUAAAACAAUACAAAGUUAGAAGGAAACCAAAGACCACCUUUCAAUGCUUGCUGGAACAACAAGCCUAUAACCAAUAACUGUGUGUCUGAGGUUGAGCAAGGAGGCUGGCUGUUUGAUCUCAGUUGGGAAGGAGUUCCACAGGCACUGAAAGAAUGGCUUCUAAAAGUUAUGAGCCAUGGGAUACCAUGAAGGGACUCCACAAAGAUCACAAUGAAUGGGCCAUGAUAUAAGGGACCAGGCUUAAUAGAUCCUGGACCCAUAUGAGCAACCAGUGUAAGUUUUUAAUCACCAAUGCUGUGUACUGGCGGUAGUCUGUCCUCAUCAAACGCAGCAUUUUGCACUAGCUGGAAUUUCCAGAUCAGCCACAAUGGUCGCCCCACACACAGCAUGUUGCAGUAAUGGAUUCUUGAUUAUAGUGUGUGUGUCCUUGUGUGCAUGUUCACAUUGCUUGAGUUGCCUCCUAAACCAGGAAACAUAAUUGUGUGCGUAAGGAUAUUUUGUGAGCAGUCGCCCCGAGGAAAAGGAUAGUUCUGCCCCUUUGAUGCUUCUGCCUUAAUUUAAUUGUGGGAGAGACAGUCCUGUCCCUCUGCUUUUGCCUGUGAUGUGAAUUGGGUUCUCCGUGUUUUUCCUCCCCAUUCCAGAGCAACUCAGUAUGCAUGCAUGCUGCUUAGCUAUAUGUUAGAGCAUAAGACCAGCCGAGAGGAAGUGAUAAUGAAGCUCAAAAACCUGGAGGCGAGCAUGCGCUCCGGCCGCAAGUGUAAGUAUGUUUUCUUGUAAGGAAAUACCAAAAGAGAGAGAGAGAGAGGCACGUCUUUUGUAGGCAUAAUCUGGGGAUGGGGAGCAGAAAAAAGGACCAGUUGCAAAUGCACAAAAGCAAUAUAUAAUUGAAACAGAUCACAAAUGAUGAUGAAAACAGUAGAGCCUGUGUUGCUGUACUUGAGCUAGUUUGGAGUCCUGUUAAUUGAAAUGAGAAGAGCACAUGCUUAUAAUUCUUCAUCAGAUCUAUCAAAAAUGGUCUGUUGUAGGGGUGGGGGACCUUUGAAAGCCCAAGGUCCACAUUCCCUUCUGGGCAACUUUAUGGGGGCCACAUGGCAGUGGUGGGUGGGGCUAGAGGCAAAAUGUACGUAAAUGUUAUCUUUGUACCAUAAGCUAGUUGGUACACACCCACACAACCCCACUCCAGCCAGCCAAGCACAAGGCAUUAUCAGAGUUCAAGGACACGUUCCAGACAGGCAAAAACAACCAAGGGGGGGUGCAAAGCAGGACCAGGGAGGGGUAUGGUCUAGGGACAGUAUCAAAGGCUAAAUAGAAAAUUUUGGAGGACUGCAUUCAGCCAAUGGGCCUGAGAUCAAACACAACAGAGGUUUUUGCAAGGUUUUUUAAAUUAAGUAAUUUGCAUUAAUUAUAUGUGUGAUUUCAUUGAUGUAGACAUGAAUGGACAUAGUGACUCAGGCUGCAUUUCAUCCACCCUUAUACCUGGAAAUGCUCCAUUUGAGGAGGACAUGCUUGCAAAUAAAAUCCUAUACAUCCUCCUUUGCUUUUGCACAGUUUCAGCAUGUCACCUUAAUUGGCUUUUAAUAAAUAAAUUGCUCAACAUGUAAGUAAGCAGUGUACACUUGGGGGGGGGGAGCCAAGUGGUUGAAAUAGUUUUAAAACCCACGACUGAUUCCCAAGGGCAGAUCUUGCGCAUUAGCUUCCUUCCAAAACUGUGUGAGAAAGGGGGAUGCUGUGCUCGCCAUGAAAAUGUGCCCUGUUCCAGAGAUCUGAGCCCAAUUCUUCCUGUAUAAGUCUUAUCUCCUCCAAUAUCCAGCGUUAUCUGGUGGGCUGUUGGUACCCAGUGUGAGGUAUAUUGAUGGAUCUUGGAUUAAGUUCCUAUACCAGAAGCAUCCAUGUCUGUUGACUGGGUGAUGAGGUUUGAGGGUUUUGUUGUUGUUUUCAAUCAAACAGUGUAUAACUUUUAUGAAAUAGAAAAACAAAAAAUGAAAGCUGCUUUAUCAUUUGCUUGUUGUUGACACGUCCACUUACCGUACCUUUAACGGUCAGGCGGCUUUUCGGCCUAGCCUCAUCCCCAUUCACAAUCUGGCAGUGACGGCUUGGUGGGGAGUGCCCAGCCAGCAAGUGUGGUCUCCUGGAGGAUAAAUUGAGGCCUGCCCAGCCUCUUCACCUCUUUCUCCUUGGCGGAAUACUUUUUGUGCAAUAGGUGUGCAAGUCUACCCAUCUCAUCACCUUUUGUAUUGCUGAAGCCAUGUAGUAAAUCUGUUUUGUUUUUAAGUACUCUUCUGCUCUGGUUCGCCAGAAGCGGCUUAGUCAUGCUGGCCACAUGACCCGGAAGCUGCACGCCGGCUCCCUCGGCCAAUAAAGCGAGAUGAGCACCGCAACCCCAGAGUCGGCCACGACUGGACCUGAUGGUCAGGGGUCCCUUUACCUUUACUUUACUCUUCUAAAGACCCUAACUUGCAUUAUGUGUUGCUGUUAUAUAUUGUUUGCUUGCCUGCAACCAUAUCCAAGAAGCUGAUAUUUAGAAGACUGUAGGACCCUGUCCAUCCAGCCAAAUGAUGGAGUGUAAUUGGGAUAAUAAAUGCGAUUAACUCCAGCCAGUUCCAGGUGGGAUUUUGUGGGUGGGAUUCACUCACAAACCAGCAAAUUCAAGAUGUGCAGUUAAAGUGGAUUUGGCACUCUUGUGCAACCAGCUGGCUUCGUGUGCGUGUGUUUUUGUAAGCACUUUCCUUACACAUAUGUACAUUCACAAAACACACACAAGAUACAUAUAUUUGUGGUAAGGAAAGUAAUGGGAAAAUCCCCUGAAAAGUGGGGGGGGGUAGAGAUGAUUGCUUUACAUUAUGUCGUACAGUCACCCCCACAAAAACAUCAGAAUGUAUGCUCAGUGAACGGUGGCUGUCGUAUAAUCUCCUGUGCAAACUUUGAGCAAGCAAAUUGGGAUGAAAGCUCAGUAAACAGGCUGUCUGGAAACAAGGCCCUUCUAACAAUUGUGGGUUCUCUUGCAGUGUUCAGGCUUGGUAACAUGCUGCAUGCCUUCGUUUCUGCCAGACACACCUCCCAGUUGCCAGAUUUGGUUCCCCGCUGCUGCCUGACUGCCUCCAACCUCAACCGUGUCCUGUACUUCAUGUGCGACACUGUCUUGUGGGUGAAGAGCGUGGGGCUCAUCUCGGAUAUCGACAAGAAGAAGUGGCGCAGCCGGGCGACCAAAUACUACUACUAUUCCCUGCUGAUAAACCUGGUCAACGACUUGUACGAGCUCUGCUGGCGCAUGGAGCAGGCCGCACGGAAAGAGAAGCUUCAAGGGGACUCAUCUCGGCUCCAGAGCUUAACUUCUCUGGCAACUAGUGGCCUGCAGCCAUUUCUCUUCCUCCUCUACAUCACACUGAAAAAACAUCCUCCUUUGCUUCUGGACACGGUGAAGAACCUUUGCGAUCUCUCUAGUCCGUUGGACGUGCUGGGAAUCUACAAAACCAAUCCCGGAAUCAUUGGGCUCUGUGGCCUUAUCUCCUCCUUGGUGGGGAUCCUCACCAUCGCCGUCCCACAACUGAGACUGAAGCAUUGACUUUUGACACUUCUCUGAUGGCUUCCAUUUUGCAGAGCAGUCCUUUGGAUAUCAAGCCCAGUUGGGUGGGCUUCCUCUGUCCUGUCAGCGGACUUGUUCUCUGCCACUGCCUUCGUUUCCGCAUCUUUCCUCAUAUGGUUUUGCCACCCUUCGAUGGGAGAAGGCAUCAAUCAGUGAUGGCAUCAGAAAGAGUGUGCCGGAUUUAUGUACAAGCUAAACAAGCUAUAGCUUAGGGCCCCACUCUCUUGGGGGCCCCAAAAAAAUUGAAAGGAAAAAAAACCACUGGGUGUACUUUGAUAAAAUACAUACUUUGUUAUGUGCAAAUAGCUUUAGAUACCUAUUAGGUCCAUAAAUUAACAUAUAGCAUCUAUUCGACACAAAAAACAGCGACAAUUUGUUGUUGACAAAGGACAGCUGGACAUAUAAAAGGCCCCAUUACCUUCAGUAGCUUAGGGCCUCAUCAAACCUAAAUCCAGCUCUAGGAAAGACUGAAGGAAAUGACUUCGGAACUAUGUAACAAAGAAUGUGAAAUUGUACAGUCAAGAUUUGGGUCUGAAUGUAGAAAAAAAUGGCCCGUGGCCCUCAAGAGACUUUGGCUGAGGGCAGUCAGCGGGUUAUGUCCAAUGUAGCACUAAACAGAUAUUCUGAUCUCCCCCUCUCCUCCCCUGCUCACUCUUGAAACCUAUUCUGGGGGCUUUCCCUAACCUUCCAGAGCAGAUUUGGGAAUGGUGAGGGGGGGGUGUAGAAUCCUCUAGCCCUAAUCCUUACACUGAAGUCUUGUUGAAUACCACCCAGUUUAUCUUUCGCUGGAGAACUGAAGUUGGUUUAGAAUCAUAGAAUCACGGAAUUGUAGAGUUGGAAGGGACCAUGAGGGUCAUCAAGUCCAACCCCCUGCAAUUCAGGAUUCUUUCGCCCUUGAACCCAUGACCCUGAGAUUAAGAGUCUUGUGCUCUGCCAACUGAGCUAUCAGAGGAGUCACAUCUCAGGCUAUGGGCGCUUUCACAUCUGAUCUAGUUUUGCAAGUUUUUUUGUUUUGUUUUUUAAUCGCUUCAAAAACUUGCCAAGCUGUUUGACUAGAGGCUAUAGUGGGAAAGCAAAGCCUUGUAAAAAAACCCCAACAACAAGAAGACUGUUGUGUGUACAACUUCAUUUUAUCCAAAUGCUGCUUCCAGUCAAACAGAAUAUAUAAAAGUGCAAAACCUAGUUCACCUUUUGUAUAAUGACAUGAGUAUGCAUACUAUGAUGAAACCAUUUGACUCUUUGGAGAGUGGGGAACUUCUCCCUGCACCCAAAAGAUGUGAAGGCAUGGGGGGGAGGCAGAAAAAUGUGUUGUGGGAAACAGUGUGGCUACUGACUCUUGAUAUGGAC